AUGGAUCAAUACUUCACCACAUCUUCAUCACCUCUGCAAAGGCGGUUAACUAAAAUAUACACCGAUACCAAGAACAUUUAUGAUUUUAUCAAAGAACCAGUUAGAAAUGUUCAAGAUCAUGACCUUCAAUCGUUACGUCGCAAAUUACGGAUCCAACAAAAUCGUUUGGUAUCUUGGGGGCUAGAAUGGUCGGAUCCUUCACAGUCACCUGAUAUCGAUGAAUCCGUAUCGAAAGCCGGAUUAUCUGAAAUCGUCGGAAAUGUUAUGACAACGAUCAAGGAGAUACUAGCUGAAGCUGAACCAUUAUGGCAAUCUUCCAAAAGGUUAACAUCGGAUGAGAGACCGUCGGAAAAAUCGGAAAAGAGUGCUUUAAUCCAAUGGGAUAAAUCGAGGUUUGAGGACUUGGUUCAAGAUUUAACCAUGUCUAUCGAUACUCUUUAUGAUCUAUCAAAGACACGACAGUCGGCGAGAAGUGGGGUUGGAUUACAAACUUCGGAAGCUUCAAGUUCGAAAGAGACGUCUUCGGGACUCGAGGAAAGACAAUUCGAAUCGACGAGAAUGUCAGCACCACAGCAAAUCGAUCCAGCAUCACUUAUAUGGACGGGGAAUCAAAUCAUUUCUACGCGUGGUAUAUCAAGGACGACAUCGUCCAACUCAUUGAGGCAGAUAGUCUUGAUGAGAAGAUCUGUCAAUUCAUCGGAUCUAAGGAAAGCUAUCGGUCAAGCUCCUGAUCCAAUUCCUGUUCUGAUCGAAUAUGCCCCUUAUGAUCCUAUUUAUUCGAUGACUGGAAUUACUCCAUCGAUGGCUCGGUUCGAGAAACUCUUUGCUGGACUUUCGCAGGCUUAUUACUCUUCAGAUCGGUUACUGGUUGGAUUACUUCGUCUCAUUGGAUAUUAUGAAGAUGCAGAGCAUUGUCGAUUUUGUCUUCUAUUCGCCUUACCCACAAACUUCGGACCUAUGGAUAUUCAAAGCCCAACUUUACGGAUGCCUACGAUAAACUCUCUUUCGGAGCUUCUAAUCAGUCCUGCCUUUGAACCCAGUUUGGAGGUCAAGUACAGAUUGGCCUACAACAUAGCUAAUGCUGUGUUUGAUCUGCACUCGAAAGGGAUUAUCCAUGGCGACCUACUUCCUUCAAAUAUUCUAUUCAUCGAGCAUCCUACUUCACAACGGCCUUUCGAUUUGACACAAAUUAAUAUGCGACAAUCGUACCUGGGUUCCUAUGAUUUGUUUUCUGAUACUGCGUCGGAUUCGGGACCAAGUUUAGACCAGGCCAAUAUGUUGUAUAAGCAUCAACUUGAUCCAAGGGUUACCAAAUAUACCAACCUAUCCCAAGAAAGCAAGUCUUUGGAUUUGUACAGUCUUGCGAUGAUUCUUCUUGAGAUUGGUCUGUGGAGUUCUCUGUCGGAACUUUUCCCAAGAGCAUCCCAAGUCCCUUCAAACACUACAGACGUUCUCAAGCAUCUCGCAUCUCGAUGUGGAAAUAUAUAUGUCAAAGCAGUGAAAGCAUGUUUAACUGCCCCGGAAGGAGAACUCUCCCGAAAAGCAAGACCAGAUGUCAUGCAUCAAAAAGUCUUCUGGCGUGUAUCGAAAGCACUCAAUACUUGUUGUUCGCUUGACGAUAUUUCCGACGAUGAUAGUGAAAGAAAUGACGAGUCUUUGCUUGUCCCUUCGUCUUUGAAGGUUGACGUUCCCUCUUCAUCUGCCAAGGGAUAUCGUGAUCGAAGAGAUGCAAAGAUCGAUUUUACUGCUCCACAAGAACCGGAAAUCAAUUGGGGCGAGAAACCAAAACGUGAAAAAUCCCCUUCAAAAGCUACUGCUGAGUGGUCAGAGAAAAAGUCUUCUGGUGAGUUGAUACCCCUCCAUGAAAGUUCCAAACUAACUGUUCUCGUGUCAGCUAUCGAACCUAUAAAAUCGAAGCCCAAGCUCAAGACAUUCCCCGCCAUUCGCAUUAGUCAAGAACAGAUUCAUUUCUGGCACACAAAUAUCAUGCCACACGUCAAUCACGUUCUCCGAAGCUUUUACAAGAAAUAUCCCGAGUCAGUUGAGAUAUCUCUCGAGUCGGUUGGCGAGUCAUCUACGAAAACGAAACCUACCAUUCUCAUCAUCUGUACAAGUGUCAAUAAAGUUCGAAGUAUAUUGAAGAAGAGUCUCGUAUAUGAUAAAGCUACGUACGGACUGAAAGUAUGCCGUGGAAAGGUAGUCAGAGCAAGAAAUGGUGGAGUGAAGAGAAGUAUGGCGUAUGGUGAUGAACUUGAAGCGAAGAAUACUCAACAUCAAGAACGUCCGACAAAUGGCGCUAGUAUGGGAGCAUAUAUCAAUGAUCAUCAUCUUCCACCGGUAUCAUUUGGAGGGCUCAUUACAGUCGAUGACAAGCCUUAUGGAAUGUCUGUUCAUCAUAUGUUAGACGAUCCUUCUGACAAUGAGGAGGAUGAACCAGUUCAAUCAACGAAACCAAUCCUUCGCUCUUCUGCUCUUCCUCAAUAUCUCGAAAUGCCAGAAUUGACCCAUUCCGAUACGUCCUACUACUCCAGUGGUGACGAAGAAUACAAUUAUAGUUUCACGGAUUAUUCAUCUUCCGGUUCAUCAUUCGAUUCCGAUUCUUCACCCUAUGCCUCAGAAGAUGAAGAUGACUCCGAUGCCGAAUUUCCCACUCUUGAACCAGGAGAUAUCCCUCAUAUUCCGGCCUCUCCUUCAAAUAUUCACAAAUACCCAGUCACACAGCCAGCUAUUGAUGACAUUGAUCCAGACUUUUAUCCCGAUCCCGAAACUAGAGAUGAAGAUCAUUUAGAUUCAUGUUUACUUGGAAAUGUCUAUACGAGUUCUGGAAUCAGACGAUUAGCUCACGAAAAUCUCACACAUGAAAUUGAUUGGUGUCUAUUUCAAUUCGAAAACCAUCGUCUACCCGAUGUUUCUUCCUUGAUAUCUUUGACCACACAACCAACCGGCGUAGUCCCAUUAACAGAUCUUCCAGAUCUCCCGGUAAAGUGUACAGCUAGAACAAGCGGUACGCAAACGGGACGAAUACUUCCCUCAAUGUCCAUUCUCAAAAUCUAUGGUCGUAAAACCCCAUCCAUGAGUUGGCAAGUCGCUGGCAAAAUCGGUGUUCCGGGUGACAGUGGCGCGUGGGUACUUGAACGAGGAAAUGAUAUCAGCGGAAGUCCUAGAAAUAGUGGUGGCAGAGUUGCAGGCAGUGUGCUAGCAUGGAGUCAGCGCAAAAAUGUUGGAUAUAUUUGUCCCAUGUGGAUAAGCGUCUUGGAUAUGGCAAAUGCGUUAAAGUGUGAGAAUAUUGGACUACCGGGUGUGGAAACACCUAUUUGGAGUAAAGUUCCUAUGAGGAGGGAGAGAGAUACUGUGUCACCUAUGUCAAAAAACAGUUCGAGUCCUAUAAGUGAGAGAGAAACAGGAGGGUGGGAAAGUGAGGAUGAGGCGCAUAGUUUGAGGGCCAAUAGACCUCAAAGCGGAAGAUACCCAGUGGUAAUUGAUGAUGAUCUCGCGGAUGACGAGGAUGAAUUAUCCGGUGUUUUGGGGAAUGUUAGAGACAUGGAAUCAGAUCAUGAAUACGAACAUGGGGAUGAUGGAGAUAUAGAUGAUGAAUCAUACGACGAAGAAGAAGAAAGAGAAUACUGGAGUAAAUUCAAAGCUGCAAGCGUUAGCCCCGACCGCAAGAUGAAGGGGAAAUCUUGGACAAGAGAUGAUGAACAUGAGAAAGAAGUUUUCCUAUCAAGCGAAGAAGAACCGGAAUUAUUGGCAACUCUGGGUCAACAAUCGAGAAGAGGAAGGGGUUUUGGUGUGAGGAGCUUUAGUGGUGAUAAGAGCUUGGAUAUGGAUAUGAUGGUGGGGGGGCUUAAGGGAAUGUGUAUUGAUGGGGUUGGUAAUACUAUGGUUGACGGUGGCCGAAAUACAGUGUUUAGUAUGGAUGGGAGUGCGAUGGGGGAUUUUUGUGUGGGGGGUGCGGGGAGUGCUAGGAGUGGGAGUGGGAAUGGGAGUGCGAGUGCGAGGGACGGUAAUGUGAAUAUGAAUGGGAAUGGGGAUGUGGGGGGAAGUGGAGGUGUGGGUGGAGGUCAUAAGAGGAGAGGUGAGGGUAGUGUUGGGAGUGUGCAUUCAACGGGUAGUUUGAGUGGUAUGGUAAAGGGACAGGGACAGGAUCAGAGUCGGGGGAGGCAACAACGGGUUGGUGUGAGGAGUUAG